AAAGGCGGCUGGCAAAUGCAGAGCAGUGCCGACGAGCGAAGAGAAUAUUAUAGAGGACAAAAAGGCAGAAGAACUGCAUCGCAGGACGAAAACAAAUCUUAUGAACUAAACGAUUUUCACGCACCAAACCAAAGCAGCGACGCUGAGAGUUGUGCCUACAACAACAACCAGGAGCCAACACAUCACCAGGAACUUUCCUACGAGCAGCAGCUGCAAAAUGGCACCAUUGAUGCUGAUGCUGAUGAUGAUGAGGAGGACUACUCAAUUUCCGUAUCGGCGAUAAUGCAAAGACGUGCCAGUGUGCGUGGCUAUAGAGGCAAACGUGGCAGUCGCAAUUCGCGGCGUGCAUCGAGUCCCAUGGAUCACAUGCUCGAUAAUGUGGAGCGGCGACGCUCCAGUGUUUAUACAACUAGCUCAGAGGAGGGCACCAAUCAGGAGUCCACACAGGAGCAAAUCUUUGAGAAUAUACGCCUACACAAGGAGGUCAUACAGUCGGUCAAAUUACAGCCAUGGCAUAUACGCAAGAAGCUCAAACUGGUGCGCCAGGCGAAAACGUAUGUGGCACGCCACGAGGGCGCGCUGCAGGAGCGCUUUGCCAUGUCACGCAGCACGAGAGAUUUGUGGGCGAGGUUUAAAAUUUUAAUGGCAGCGCGCUGGCGGCAUUGGAAACGCGAAACCGCCAGCUUUCUUACAGUGCUCAUACCCUGGGAGCUGCGCAUCAAGGAAAUCGAAUCGCAUUUCGGCUCCGGCGUCGCAUCCUAUUUUACAUUCCUGCGCUGGCUCAUGUGGGUCAACAUUAUGAUUGCCAUACCGCUUGUUGCCUUUGUUAUUGGACCGGAGUACUUUGCCACCAAGCACGACGAAACGGAUCCACGCAAACGCAUGUCUGAACCGGAAUACAAAGUGGCCGGUAAUCUUUUUACGUUUUGGGAAUUCGAGGGCUACUUGAAGUAUUCGCCCAUGUUCUAUGGUUAUUACUCGAGCACUUCCGGCAUCAGCACAUCCGGCUAUAAGCUGCCUUUGGCUUAUUUUCUCACCGCCGUCCUGGUCUACAUCUACAGCUUUGUGGCCACGCUGAGAAAGAUGGCUGAGAACUCGCGCAAUUCGAAACUUUCCUCAAAGGAUGAUGAGUGCGUCUUCUCCUGGAAGCUGUUCACCGGCUGGGACUUUAUGAUUGGACACGCGGAGACAGCGCAUAAUCGCAUCGCAUCCGUUGUGGUUGGCUUCAAGGAGGCGCUGCUCGAGGAAGCUGAAAAGAAAAAGGAUAAUCGCAACUGGCGCGUUAUCCUGCAAAGGAUUUUGGUCAACAUUUUGGUCAUGGGCUUGCUGGCGUUAUCGGGCGCCACUGUGGUGCUGCUAGUGAAUCACUCCGAGGAUUUGGCCAAGCACGACAAUUGGCUUAGCCGCAAUGCGGUGAACGUGACGAUGACGCUGCUCUCCUUCUUUCUGCCCAUGAUUUUCGAGGCUCUAGGCUUAUUCGAGAACUGGCAUCCCAGGCAACAGUUGCGUCUGCAAUUAGCACGCAUUAUGAUAUUGAACAUGCUGAAUCUGUAUUCGCUCAUGUUCUCCUUCAUCUACAAGAUAAACAGCAAAGAGAAACCGUUGCAAAUGCUGAAGCUGGAGAACGAAACCAACACCCAGGAGCUGCACAAUCUGAUGAGCUCCAUCGAAGCACUGCGUGCCAUGACAACCACAACGCCCAUCUACAGCGACAGCACUUCGGACGGGCUCUACGAUGACUUGACAACGACUUCGCCCUGGGGGGCCGAUGGUGCCGGCACCACAGAUGCCAUCUUCUCGAGCACUGCAGUGGGCGCAUUUAUAACCACAUUGCAGCGGCUGAAGUGCUACAACAUGACUGUGAAAUGCUCAAAACCCAGACGUAUAUUGAUCAGCUCGAAGAAUAUAGCAACAACCUUGUUGUUACUCAAUCUGACCACGUCAACGGUGUUGCCAACAACUCUUCCAACAACAACAACAACAACAACACCAAGCACUACACAAGCGACAACAACCACUUGGUCUACAAUGCCACCAACAACCACUACAGAAGCUGCUACAGAAACAACAUCAACAACAACUACUACAACAACUCCUUGGCCCACUUUAGCAACAACAACAACCACAGAAGCGCUGGACUCCUCAACCACCACAACAACACCGGCGCCGGGCAACGAUAGCUACUUUAACUACGUAGAUUACUUUGAGGGUGCAGAGCUAUCCGAGCCAGGCGUCGAUUAUCAGGCAACCACCGAGGAAUCGGAUGAUCCGCUGGUCCAGGUGCUAGCCCAAGUGGAUGAGCAGCCGGCGACAACGCGCCGAAAAAGAGCUGUGGCUGGGCCACCAAUUUGGCACUCAAGCAAAUACAGUCGACGACAUCGCAAUGAUACAAGAGUCACGGCUGGCUUUGCCACAGAGUCGACAACACCUGCCAGUAGUUCACCCAUCAGGCCCGUAUAUAACCCACCAUAUAAUCCGGUAAGGAGAAUUCUGAGCGAAGAAGAGUGGAACCGCCGGCAGAAUCUAUUGCGCGGCGGACUCAUCAAGACAAGCACCACAGAGCAGCCAACCACAACCACAACAAUAUCAACAACCACUACAGAGGAGCAUCCAACAACAACGGAUAUCUACAGCACGGAUCCGAGCAUCCCCGCGAGCAGCAGUAACAGUGGCAGCAGCACCACCACCGAGGAAUAUGAGUAUACGGAUCAGAAUGGAGCCACCGUGACGCCCUAUUUUAUAGACUUCGAUGAUAUAGCGGAUGUGGGAAGCACCGUUUACUACGACAACGAGAAUCUUGGCUACUGUGUGAUAACCGUGUGUCCGAAGGAUGGCGAAGACAUCUUUGGUGGCAGCACCACACCCGAUGGACUGGACACCACGCUGAGUGGUGAAGUCAAGCAGCCAACAACUGCGAUGAAGACGCCGCUGGAGCGUCAAGUGAUGCGGCUGAAGGAGGUGCAGCUGACGCUCAAACAAAUCCAAAUGAAUCUGACCACCAUGUGCUGGGAAACAUCGCUCGGCCAGGAGCUGUCAAAGGUCAUUGUCUUCGAUGGGCUUAUGUCCAUUGUGGCGCCGUUGUGCAUCGACUUUUUGCGUGCCCUAUUUGUGCGCUAUGUCAAUCAAAACUGGUGCUGGGACAUGGAGAAAACGUUUCCGCAGUAUGGCGACUUUAAGAUAGCCGAGAACAUCCUGACGUUGAUUAAUAACCAGGGACAAGUGUGGAUGGGCAUAUUCUUCUCGCCGGGUCUGGUGCUCAUCAACCUUGUCAAAUUGAUGAUUAUGAUGUACUUUAGGUCAUGGAUAGUGCUCACAUGCAAUGUGCCGCACGAGGUGGUAUUCAAAGCUUCCAAGUCCAACAAUUUCUAUUUGUCGCUGCUGCUGACCAUGCUGUUCCUCUGUGUGCUGCCCGUGGGCUAUGCCAUUGUCUGGCUGCGUCCUUCCUGGCAUUGUGGCCCAUUUUCGGAAUACAAUCGCAUUGCCGAAUUCAUUACAAAUACCACACGCAACGCGUUGCCUAAGCAACUCCAUGAGCCCCUGGACUAUCUGACAUCCUCGAGCACAGUUAUACCUCUGCUGCUGCUCCUCAUACUCAUCAUCUAUUAUCUCAUAUCGCUGACGGGCGCGCUACGCGAGGCUAAUCAAGAUCUGCGCACACAGCUGCAGAAGGAGCGGGAGGAGGAGCGCAAAAAGAUUUUCAAAGUACCAGAGGUUAAGCAGGCGGAACCAACGGCCACAACUCUGACAAAUCGUUGGCGCAAGGUACUUGAGGCAUCAUCCCCCGUCACGCCCACACAGCCGCCAGAUUUUGACACUGAGGAGUACAAGAAUCAGGCAAGGAAAGAGCUCAUCUCACGCAUCAUGAAGAAGGCAUUGCGCAAGGGCUCCGCCACCUCGGAUGAGGAUUCCUUUGUGCGUCGCGAUGACGAUGACACGGACACUGAGCACCAGGAUUCGCUGCCGCACGAUGAGGAGCCCAAGGAGAAGCGCUUUGGGCUUUCACGCCUGCAGCAGAUACGACGCACCCGGAAACCGUCGCUGGUGGACAUCGUGCAGAUUGCCAAGCAGGAGCGGGCGCGUUCCAGUUCCAUUGCCGCAGCCAAUGCCGCACUGGCUGGUGGAGGCAGCAGUCCGGGCACAGCCGGUGGCGGUGACCACUUCCCCAUAAAGGAGCCCCAUCCCAAGAGCCGAUUCAAAGUAGAGAAAAAGGAAAGGGAAAGCUUUCGGGAUAAAAGGGACAGGCACAAGCAGCCGUCUCACACCGAGUCGCCGUCACCCAAGGCUGGCGAAAAUGAUCCGGAGACAAACUCUCGAGUUGUCAGCGAACGACGCGCCAGUUUACUGCGCCGCAAACGGGACAAGGAGGAACAAUCCAAGCUAACAACGCCGGAACCGGAUCCGGCAGCCGAACCACAGCCGUCGACAGUUAAGACUGCGGAUCGACGAACACCCGAGAGUCAGUUUCACAUCGUGGACGAGAAGAAGCCACCAGAACCCGAAGAAGAAGAGCAGGAGAAACCACUCAAGGAAUUGCCUCCACUGCCUAAAGAGGGCGUUCAUCUGGACGGCAAAGGCCUGGGCAAGUUCAAGUUCCGCAAAUACAGGUCAAAGGCAAAUAUUGUGGCUGCCAAGCCGGAGCCGGAGGUAUUCAAGUUUGAUGACAAGAGUCUGGAGAAGAACAAGUCGGGCGAAAUACCACAAGUACCCAGCGCCGAUCACCUAAACACCGAACUGGCCAGCGGCAGUGAGUCGCAGGCGCUGCCUUCGCCUACGCCCAGCCAAACACAUAGCCAGCGCCAGGUGAAUGCCGAGAAGUUGGCGGCGCUGUCGCGUCAAGGACGCAAAAAGAUUGGUUCCCUAUUGGCCCUAGUCCGUGAGGCUGUCAACAUAAAGAAGGAAGAUGUCGAGCAAGGUUCCGAUGACUCGCCGGGUCCAACCACCCCUACCUAUUUGGCAUACACACCACCGCCGCCACCGUCGCUAUUGUCGAGCAAUUCGAGUGCCACAGCACUGGAGAUGCCACCCACACCGGAGCCGGAUUCGCCUACGCCAAGCGCUCCGUUGCACUUUGGAAGCAGCACAUCCUCCGCAUCACAUCGGCUAGCAGUCAAGCCACCAACGCCAUCUGUUGCGGCUGCUGCAGGCGCUGCCUCAAGUUCUACGCCAACCUUAGCCACCAUGGAUGAUUUGGAGGAAUUGGAUAUGCCGGGACCUAUUACCUUCCCCAAACGCAGUGCUUCCCAGCGGCGACGCGCCAUGAGAGAGGACUCCCAAAGUUCCAUUUGGUCAGAUAACAUACCAACGAUUACCAUCAGCACCACGGGCAGCGAUGAGUGCAUCGUGGAGCCGGAAACGGCAGCAGCUGCUCCAGCAAUCGCCGUAAAUGGAUUACCUGAGCGCAGCGAUCCACCAGGUCCCGCUGUCAACAUCAUAAAGAUCAAUAUCGAGGAUGAAGAUGAGCAGCAAAAGUAA